AUGCGGAUAUCUGGAAGUUCUUUUACAAUUUCGCUGUUUCCAGUUAUUUUGCUAAUUUUCCUAGCAACUCAGAGGCGAACCGAAGCUGCGAGAGGACGGAAACCACGCGGGUCCACUACCAGUUCUCCGAAAUCCCAAGCGAGCGAUCUGAAUAUCCGUGAAAAGCAUGAUCACAUAUCUUCACUGCCGAUCCUCGAUAUCUACAAACCGCCAUCACUGGCAUCAUCAUCAUCAGCAGCAGCAUCAAUUAGCCAGUUACCUUACUCCUUUGGUACUCCCUCUUUACAACAGCGGCAGCACUAUCUAGAAGGACAGCCCUGGUGGGAUCCGGAGCAAUUUUUUACUUUCCACCCCAAAUUCCCCAAUUUUCCUGGCCCCAGCUCUUCCGUUUCUUCUGAUUCUUAUAGAAGCCGAGCUCAGUUAAAAAAGCACAGCGUUUUUGGUGACAAAAUUGAUCUGCUUUACAAACCACCAUUUAUGGUACCAGCAGCAGUAGCGGAAGAGCAUGCUGAGAACGUGGAAAAUCGCCGUACCUUCUCAGCAGCACGCGCAAGUACCGUUAAUUUGCAUUCAGCCGUUCCACCUAUCGAUAAUACAAUCACCGAAAAACUUUCAGCGAUCAUCAAGCGAAGGUCCAGCCGUUUGGAAAAGAUAAAACCUCUGGUGUUUUACAAGCAUGCGUUUGCGGGCGCAGAAUCGACACAGGCAAAGAGCAAAGUGAAUCGUGAUGGCGAACUUUUAAGAGUACCGUGUCCCAAAUGUCCAAAUACAUUCAUUAAUAGACACAGGCUCCUUACUCAUAUUUACAACAAACAUCGCGAUCUGGCGACAAAAAGUGAUUCGACGGGCUAG